GCAACUGUUUAAUUAUGGGGUUUUCUCUUGUUUUUAAAGUUUUUAGCUUCUGGGUUCUGAAAUUGGGAUUGUUAAUUGAUUUGGGUUUGGUCUGAUCCGUUUUGAUAAUGUAGAUUCUCGUUUGAAUUUCUUAAUUUUAAAAUAGCCUCUGCUAUUGAAUUUAUGUGAGUUUUUGUUAGGUGUAGAAUACAACAUUUGCCCUUUUGCCUGUUUUUUAGUUAUGUGAGCUGCAUUUGCCAGGAAAUGAGUUUAAUUUCUUCAAUUACUGAAGAUUUUAGGUUAGGAGUGGCUUUGAGAAGUUGUUUCUAAGUAAUGAGACUUAAUAGAUCAUGUGACCAAUUUAGUAUUUCCAAUUAUGCAUUGAGAAUAUCUGGAUUGGACUCUCAUUUAGGUGUUUGUUGAAGUAGCAUGAAGCUAAUGAUAGUUAAUUUUGGCCCAUAACAUAAGUUUAAUUUGUGCAAUUAUGGUAGCUCGGACACUUCAUUCAAUCAACGUGUAUCGUUUUGGAAACGUUUCUGACACUUGACGUUUUGGACACGAAACUUAUCUUUUACAUAUGAAACAUUAAAAUAACACCGUUUCGUCGUAUCGGUGUCCCGGUGCCUGUGCUACCUAGAUUAUGGAUAUGGCUUGGUUAUUUGGGUGCAGAGUUACUCUUCAAAAUAUUCUGGCAGAAUUAAUAUUGAGGUGAACAUUAUUUUGGAGACUAUUGCAAAGAAACUAGGAAUAGUGCCAACAAGGUUAAAUCUUAUGAUUAUCAGUUGCAUGUAGCCUUUGGCUCCUAAAGGGCGACGCUUGCCAUUUGCCUGAAACUAGUAACUCUAGUUGUAUGGAGAUAGCUUAUGAGCUGUUUGUCCUUGUUAAACAAAUAAACUGCUAGCCUACAAGUGAAGUCUUAUUGCAAUGAUCAUAUUCCAUCAAGAUGUUCUUUGCCAUAUCAGUGUUCAUUAAUUGCAUAGAUUCAUAUUGAAGUUUUAAGUGGUAGCCUUGUGGGAAGUAUCAGUUUAGAAUCUGUUCCAUUCUGUAUCCAGCACGGGGGCAAGUGGGCAAUUUGCAUAAAGCUGCCCAUAAUUUGGUGGUUUCAUGGCUGAUAAUGCUUUAGUUGUUGUGCCUGAUUCUACUCUUGCUUUGGCAGGACAUUGUUUAGUUAUCGGACAAGAAUUUCCUGAUGUGGAAACUUGCAGAAGAGCUUUGAAAGAUAUUGCUAUAUCCCUACAUUUUGAUCUUCGGAUAGUGAAAUCAGAUAGAAGCCGAUUUAUAGCUAAGUGCUCUAAAGAAGGCUGUCCAUGGCGUGUUCAUGUUGCAAAAUGCCCUGGAGUUCCAACCUUUACAGUUAGAACCUUACAUGGAGAGCAUACAUGUGAAGGAGUGCGCAACCUCCAUCAUCAGCAAGCAUCAGUUGGUUGGGUAGCUAGAUCAGUAGAAACCCGUAUUCGGGAUAAUCCGCAAUACAAACCAAAAGAGAUUCUGCAGGAUAUACGGGACCAGCAUGGUGUUGCUGUAUCUUAUAUGCAAGCUUGGCGAGGAAAGGAACGCAGCAUGGCUGCACUUCAUGGAACGUUUGAAGAAGGAUACUGCCUUCUUCCUGCAUAUUGUGAGCAGAUACGGAAAACAAACCCAGGGAGCAUUGCUUCAGUUUUUGCCACAGGGCAAGAGAACUGUUUCCAGCGCCUCUUUAUUGCUUAUCGUGCGUGCAUUUAUGGGUUUAUUAAUGCUUGUAGACCACUUUUGGAACUUGACAAAGCGGACCUUAAAGGAAAAUAUUUGGGCACAAUACUUUGUGCUGCAGCUGUUGAUGCUGAUGAUGCAUUAUUUCCUCUGGCCAUUGCUAUUGUUGACACAGAAAGUGAUGAAAAUUGGAUGUGGUUCAUGUCAGAAUUACGAAAGCUUCUCGGAGUAAAUACUGAUAACAUGCCUAGACUGACUGUUCUGUCUGAGAGGCAAAGGGGCAUUGUAGACGCAGUUGAAACACACUUUCCUAGUGCUUUUCAUGGCUUUUGUUUACGAUACGUUAGUGAAAACUUCCGCGAUACUUUUAAGAACACGAAGUUAGUGAAUAUCUUUUGGAAUGCUGUUUAUGCCCUUACCACCGCUGAAUUUGAGAGCAAGAUUUCUGAGAUGGUCGAGAUUUCACAAGAAGUUAUAACAUGGUUUCAACACUUCGCUCCUCAGCUUUGGGCAGUGGCAUAUUUUGAAGGCAUGCGAUAUGGCCAUUUCACGAUGGGGGUCACAGAGCUAUUGUAUAAUUGGGCCCUUGAAUGUCAUGAACUCCCAAUUGUGCAAAUGAUGGAGCAUAUCCGUAAUCAACUGGUUUCGUGGUUUAACGAUCGCCGUGACAUAGGCAUCAGGUGGACUUCAAUUCUCGUUCCAUCUGCUGAGAAGCGGAUUUUAGAGGCAAUUGCAGAUGCUCGUUGCUAUCAGGUCCUACGUGCAAAUGAAAUUGAGUUUGAGAUUGUGUCAACGGAGCGAACAAAUAUUGUGGAUAUAAGAAGCCGUGUGUGCUCAUGUCGCCGUUGGCAGCUCUAUGGUCUACCCUGUGCACAUGCUGCUGCUGCUCUGAUAUCUUGUGGACAAACUGUGCAGCUAUUUGCUGAGCCAUGUUUUACAAUUUCGAGUUAUCGUGAGACUUAUUCGCAGAUAAUAAAUCCUAUUCCAGACAAAAGCCUAUGGAAGGAACCAGGUGAGGGAACAGAAGGUGGUGGAGGUGCUAAGGUUGAUAUCAUCAUACGACCACCCAAAAAUCGCCGGCCUCCUGGUAGACCAAAGAAGAAAGUUCUUCGUGUCGAAAACUUCAAGCGUCCGAAGAGAAUUGUUCAAUGUGGACGCUGUCAUUUGUUAGGUCAUUCUCAAAAAAAAUGCACCAUGCCAAUAUGACCAGGGAUUAGUUUAUCUACUCAGUUUUUUUUUUGUUAAUUAUUCUAAAAUUGCAAUAGAUUUACAUGGUAUGUUUGUAAUCUGAUGUAUGUUAUUACUAUUUCAUAGAAUAAUUGAGAUCUUAAAAUGCAA